AUGAGGACAAAUGGUGCAGCGAAUAUAGGCGAAGAAGUUAGCACAACGGCGACUUUCUUUGAUGAUGGAGAAAAUGUGGUUGUGCAUACGAAUCAAGUUGUAUUGCCGGAAGAUGAAGAAUUUGUACAAAAUUAUGAGAAAAUUAUAGCGGAAACAAUGCAGGAAUUUAUUAAAUUAGUAAAUCUUGAAAUAAGUAGAGCGACGACAGCGAUAACUCCAUUAGUGGAAAUCACUGUGCCAACAUCAGCGAGACAAAAAUUUCAUCGAACCAUCGCCUUUGAAGAUUCGAAUAGACCAAUAAAUAAUAAUGUAGAUGGCGACAGAUCGACGCGAAUGGCAAUUUUAACUCGUGGUAAAGGAAAUAAAACGAUUUUGAAAGCAAUUAGGAUGGAAACGCCUGAUGGUUUAGCGGAAACAUGGCAAGCAGAACGAGAAAAAGAACGAAAAGAAUUCGACGAGCAUAAACAUAUCACGCUUAGCAUGAACGAACGAAUGAUGGCCGAUGAUAAUUGUUCUGACUGA